AUGAGAAAACAACAACCCCCGACACCGGCUCGUCGCCACAAGAAGCAGCAACGCGACUCGGAGCUCACGCCGUCGUCUCUGUUUGGUGGUGGCAAGCUGCAGCGUCGCAGCAACAAACAUAGGCCGAUGGAUCCGGAAGGCGACAAUAACAGUCGGCAUUCGGGCUCUGAUCCGGAAGGAUCCAUUCAUUCCGAUGAACAGCGCAACGACACGAGCGGGAGUAGCAGCACCGAUUGGGUCAGCGAGAGUAGUGGCAUUGAAGAGUCGUCGAGGGAACCCGCCGAAAGAUCCCCAUUGCCGCAUUUGCUGCAGCGUCCCCGGAGUUCGCCAAAGCACCAGCAGCGCGGGUAUGGACGAUCUCCCUCGGUGAAAACAGCAGUUUCCGAAUACGACAAUGUGAUUAUUAGUAGGAGACAACAGCAGCAGCAACAGCAGCAACAACAGCUACGACAAAGCCCUUCAAAGAGCAGAAAGAAUACUUAUUACAGGCCAUCAGCCCCAACACCCCGGGAUGAGGCGUCCAUGGCCAGUUCGAUUGACGAUUCCUCGGGGAUUCUAGAUUUGGAUCUAGACUUUGAUCCGCUAACGCCCAGGAAUUCACGUUCCAUCUCCAGCAACAAUACGAACAACAACAAAAAGAAGGGUAGCAUGAGCACUGCAGCGGGUGCUCUCAAAUAUCGGGUACACAAAAAGGCGGCAAAGCCCAAGCUACCCGUGCCGGAAGAAGACUCGGCCGAACAGUCGUCUUCGACGAUGAAUCCUUCCGGUUCCGAACGCGUUGGACGACGCGAUCAGCCUGCAUCUCCUGCGCAUAGGCGGACCAGAAGCAGAAGCAACAGCCAACGAGCGUAUCUGCAACACCGUGCCAAAGCCUUUUCGGCACCGGAUGCCAGUGAGAAUCGGUCGUCGUCUAGCGGUACGGGUGAAUCCUCGGUGGCGACGGGACCUUUACCACCGACACCCACGGCACGGUACAACAAGAGAAUAGCAGCACCACCACCCGCCAAGAAUCUAUCCCGACAAGAACCAUCCUCGUCGGCGGUUUCCACUAGUGACGAUGUGAGUGCCGCUGCAUCCUCGGUUACGGGAUCCUCUGGUGCUCACUUGAAUAACGUAAAGCCACUGCGAUGGACCGAGCAGGAAACAGACAAUUUAUUGAUGCAAUUGGAAUUCUUUGGUGAUGGGAGCUUGCAGCAACAACGGCUGCCCAAGCGCAGUGUGCAAAAGGUUGUCAGUAGCAUCCAAGCGGUUGUCGAAAAGGACGGACUCCGACGAGACGAUCCCAUUCUGCAAAACCUUACCAAGACUCUUCAUUCCAUUCGCAUGGUGGAUCUGGACAAGCUCUUGAGACUGUUGCACGAGAACCACAAAAUCGGCAACUUGAUCGAAGGCAAAAGCGUGGUACUGCUCUGCGGGCCGACAGGUGCAGGAAAGACAACCACGCUGCACUAUUUGGGUGGUACCACGUUGGAAGAGGUUGACGAGCAGGGUUUCUUUCAUCUCAAGCCCAUUUCCUUUGGAGAUCCGCAGCUCAAGGACUAUGAGACCUCGUGUUGUCGCAAACACAUGACACGAACCUUGCAGGGCACCACUGUAAAAGUGCAAAUGGGUAGAGAUGAUGCAUCUUCUGCUGUCGAUGAACAAGAAGAAGAGAUUGUCGUCUGUGAUACUCCAGGAUUGGGGCAUGUCGAUUCUGUUGAAGAAGAAAUCAGUAACGGGCUGGGAAUGAUCAAUGAGCUUCAACGGGCCAAAUCGAUUCAUCCUGUGCUCGUGCUCAGUCGAGAAACUCUGGGAUCUCGGUUCGGAAACUUGAUGGAGAUUAUUCAUGCGAUGCGGGAUCAGUUCGUCUUGGAAUCCAAAGUCGAUCUGGUGGCAUUGAAUUAUAUAUUCACAAAGUACGAAGGAAAACACCGAACACGAAUUUGCAAACAGGUUUCUGUUUUGGAAAACAUCCCAGCCGACGUCCCUGAGGAAGACCGUGUCAUCUACAAGGCUUUUGUGAAGGAUAUCAUCAAGAAGACCACACCCAAGGCAAACCUGGCGCUCCCAAUGGAAGAUGACCCAAAACGGUGUUUACAAGAUCUGUGGGACCAUGCUUGGAGCAGAGACGGCAAGGACUUGAUGGUGCCCUUUGCUUCCAAGUCUGCAACACAGAAGCUCAAGUUGCAGCUUCAGCUUACUGUGUAUGACUUUGCCAACUUGCUGGCGAAGGGUGACUAUCCGUUGGCGUUGCAUCGACUUCACCAGCUGCGAGACCUCGGCAUGAUUCUGCCCGACGCUGUAGACAGUGCAGACAAGGCCCGCCGAGUAGGCAUCCGACAUGUGACCGUAGUUUCUGAUUUGAUCAAGGAGAUGGUGGAAGAACACGACUUUGUGUCGGCGGCUUUUCAGCUGAACGAAUUGAGCAAGCUGGAAAAGCACAUUCCUGAAGUGACACCCUUGAAGGAGCGGACAAUCAAGAAACUGCGCAAGCGCCUGAAGGUCAUGGUCGAAGAAGGUUCGGUUCCAAUUGUGGCGGUCUUAAACAGAUUGGAGAAUAUGCGAAAGCUGGCGACACAACUAGACCUAGCCAAAGAGCUGGUCCAGGUUGGGUUUGAUUCCAUUCUGAAGCGGGUGUUGCGCACGAUGGAAGAAAGAGAUAUUGACGCAACGAUCUUCCAGCUCGAGGAGCUCAGUAAAGUGGCUCAUAGGAUUCCAGAAGCAGGAGAGUGCGCUUGGCACGCUCUCAAGGUUCUCAAGGAUGUUGUUACGACAUAUUCAGAAAGUCACGAUUUUGAAGAACUCUUCCACCUGAUGCAGAAACUCAGCAAAAUGGCACCUGUCUUCUCGGAUGCACGGGAGUGUAUUCAAAUUGGAUUCGACAGUCUUCGGAAGAAGGCAGCUAGACUCUUUGAAGACAAGAACUACGGUCGAUUCAUUACACAGAUCCGCCAUUUAAGUGAAUUGGCACCCCAUCUGCCAGCUUCCCAUCCAUUUGCCAAUCGCGGAGCUGCCUUACUACAAGAAACCACCAUGGAGAUCGUCAGCGGCAAGGAUUUCAGCGCUGCGGUUGAAGUGAUGCUGAAGCUUCAAAACUUGCAAGAACUCUUUCCAGAUGCAACGGAGAUUGUUCGUCUUGGCUUUGAGAGUUUGUUAACCCAGGCUGUUGCAACGGUCAAUACGGAGCAAUGUGAUCAGACUGCAGAUAAAUUGAUGAAAUUGGGACAAUUGCUCCCAGGUCUUCCAUUUUCGGGUGACAUUGUCAAGCGAGGGCUGAAACCGUUCCACAAGAGCUUCUUGAGAACUGUUCAGAGCUUAAGAGUUGGUGAAGCGAUAAUGUUGCUUGAAGAUCUUCAUAGCGUAACACCAGUUUACCCCGAGAUCAAGGAUUCGAUUGAAACUUCGGUCGAGAAUCUCUUGCAGGACACAACAAGAUUGAUUGGUGAGAAGGAUUUCCCUACCGCCCUUGACCAACUUUCUCUCAUUUCCAAGCUGGUGCGCAAGUUUUCUUUACCCAGCCAAAUAGUCCAAAGAGGAAUCUCGGACCUCCCUGACAGAGUGCAACAAGUCCUGGAGACCGCGGACUUCGAAUCUGGCUUGGAUCUCCUGCAGCGCCUGGGCAAACUGAUUGACCUACACGCCGACAUCGGUCGCUGCACCAGCGAAGGAUUCGAAAAGCUCAUACAGAAGGCUGCACAGUUAAUGACCGUACACGACUACACUGAGUCGCUGGCACAGCUGGAAGCUCUGGGGGCGAUCAAGCACAAGUUUCCCCUCGCAGAAGGCUGUGUACAGCGUGGUCUCACGGAAUUUAGUCUAACUCUCAACAAGUUCCUUCAGUUCAUGGACUUCAUCAAGGCCGUCGAUGUGUUGCAUCAUCUCCACAAGGUCGCUCGAGCGUUUCCAGAAGCAUUCCAAUGCGUUCGACUGGGCUACGAACUGCUCCUGGAGAAGGCCAUAGAUGUGUACGAGCACCGAUGCUACUCUCAGGCACUCAAAGAAAUGAUACAACUGGGUCAGUUAUACCAGCAGUUUUCUUUGCCUCAAGAAUGCAACCGUGGUAAUAUCAAAUACCUAGCAACGAUAGUUCCUGGGUCUUUGAACGAUGCGAGUUUCGAUGACGGCCUGGAUAUUCUACGAGAGUUUACUUCUUUGCUCCGUCUGAUGCCAGAAAUCAUCGAGUGUAUACAUGCUGGAUACGAAACACUCUUGAAGAAGGCAAGCAGCGAAAUUAGCGCCGACAACUUCCAGAAACCACUGGAAGUAUUAAAAACCGUGGCUGCUAUCAUCGAGCCAGUCCCAGACACAGAAGCGAGUCGAAGCCGCGGCCUGCAUAAUCUUUUGGAUACCGUAUCGGGAGUCAUACAGGAACUAGACUUCGAAAGCAGCCGAGAUCUCUUGAAAGAUUUUCAUGGCAUGAAACAUCAAUACCCCGAGGCUGCUGUUCUUGUUCAGCUUGGUUUCAAUCAACUCACAGAGAAAGCAGCCAUCAACUUUGCAACAAACGAUUGCUAUCGCGGAAUAAAUCAGAUGCAGCAGCUGGGGCAACUCAAGCAGGUUCUGCAACUGGAUGACCGAAGCGUGAGGGAGAGCAAAAGCACAGAGAUGCUCAAACUCAAAGUCAUCGACACAAUCAAGAACCUUGAAUUUGAGCUGGCUGCCGAAGUAAUCGAACGGAUCCACAAGAUGUCCCACAUGUUUCCAACAGCGGAAGAGAUGGUGGUGGCGGGUUACAGGCAGCUCUCAGCAAGAACAGCAAUGUCAUUUGAAAAGAACAGCUACCACGAAGGGAUCAAACAGCUUCAUCAAUUGGGCCAGCUUCGGCAAGUCUUGGCAUUGGAAGAAAGCGUUUCCAAAGACAGUAAAGGGAACGAAUUGCUGAAGCUCAAAGUCCUGGACACAAUGAAAGAUCUUAAGUUCGACACCGCUAUUGAGCUGGUGGGAAGGGUCAACAAAGGCGUACACGUGUACCCAGAAACAGAAGAAAUCGUCGUGGCCGGAUACAAGCAGCUUCUGUCACGAACGGCCAUGUCAUUCGAGAAGGAUGGAUACCAUCAAGGCAUAGGCCAUCUUCAAAGCCUGGGCCGUCUAAGGCAGCUUCUGGAAAUGGACGAUCGAUCUGUUCACGAUAGCAGGGGAAACCACAUCUUGCAAGGCAGUGUCCUGGGGGCCAUGAAACCGCUUGAAUUUGAAGCUGCAGUUGAGCUUCUUGGCAUGAUAAAUGAGCUUGUCCACAUUUUUCCAGAAGUAUCUCAAACCAUUGAAGCUGGCUUCGGGGAACUCCUUGAAAAGACAGCUGCUACCUUCUCAGAAAGUGGAUAUGGCCAAGGAAUCAGCCAGCUUCAUCAACUAGGCCAGCUGAAGCAGCAUUUGGAGGUUGACGACAGCUCGCUGAAAGAGAGCCGACGGGCCGUUCUGCAAAGUCUUGUCGGCUCAGUUAAGAAAAAUGUCGAACAACUUCAGUUUAGCACUGCGUUGAAAUUCACACAGGAUUUGAACGACUUAGCCAAGUCGUACCCAGAGGCGAGCGAAGGCGUUGAUGCCGCAUUCGAAUGUCUCUUGCAAAGAGCAGUGUGCAGCUUCGAGCAAGUGAAGUGCUCUGAAGGCGCUGCUAGGCUUGAACGCCUGGCUCAAGCGAGGCGAACUCUCGGAAUGGACGGCAAACACCAGAAGGGCCUGGAAAACCUGGUCGCGGCAGCUCAGAGAAUAUUCGAUUCAUCAGACCUGAACGAAAUUAUUGAGUUAAUGGGAAGACUGAGCAAACUCGUUGAUGACUUUCCGGAAGCUCGAGAAUUUGUAAACGUUGGAGUGCAACGAAUGUGGCAAGGGUUUGAAGCUGCUGCUGACGAAAGAGCGUUUAAAGCGGCAAUCGGGAUGCUUCAAGAAAUUGGUUCCUUUUCCACCGUAUCUCCGUUGGCCGAACGCUACUUUACCAAAGGCAAGAAGCACAUGAAACGCAUUGCAGAUAGUACAAUGGAUGGUGACGACUUUAUGAUAGGGGUUGAACUGUCGAAAAUGCUUGUCAAGAUUGACAAUGACGUUGCCGAAGCGGAUGAAACAUUUCGGAAAGGAGGCGACAGACUCCGGGAUCAGAUGGAGCAAAGGAUCCGCACCCAUGAUUACGACGGGGCAGCGGACGCAAUGCAGAAGUUAUGCGUGGAGAUGUCAAAGAACCUACCGCAGGCCAUCGAAUAUGCCCGCAGUGGCUUGCGCCUCACCGAACAACAGAUGGAAAAUGCGGCCGCAACGAGGGACACUGCCCUUAUCUUCUCUGUGCUGAAAGACUUUGCAAAGUUGGAAACAGUGCUUCCCGAGGCGUCUCAAUGUCUGCAACGCGCGCUGCAAUUGCUUCGGCAAACGCUGGAGAAAUCAGUGGAACGAAACGAUUUCUCGGAUACCCUGCUUCAAAUCGAAACGUUGCAUGCGAAGUCCCAAAGCCUCUUGCGACUGCACGAUGUAGUUCAGUAUGGAGUAAUAUUGUUGGGGAAAGCAAUCGAGAAACCCAUUCACCACGACAAACAAGAUGCGAUGGCAGAGCUAGUGCGAAAGUUAAACAAUGCUUCGAUUCCCAGAGGAAAUGAAUGCGCCAGACGCGGAUUGAAGGGGUUUUGGAAGACUACAAAGCAAUCCAUUGAAGAUCAAGACUACGGCACUGCAAUCAGCCUGAUGCGCCACAUGAGGAGGCUCGCAGCUGAGAUACCUGAGGCUGGGGACUGCGUACAGCUUGCUUUCGUGGCUCUUCGGGUCAGGUUGGUGAAGGCGAUUGACAAGCAACGUUAUGAAACUGCAAUUGUUUUGCUUCAACAACUAAGCACCCUAGCUGAAGAACUCCCGGAAGCAUUCGAAUGCGCUCAGUUUGGAUUCGAAGCCUUGCAAGAGAGACUCGAGAAAACGAUCGAAGAGAAAAACUACAGCAAGGUUGUAGAGCAAAUGAGAAACUUGUCAAGCGUUACAGAGAACCUUCCUGAAGUUACCGAGCUAUUCAUUGUUGGGCUGUCCGCACUGUCAGAUGCACUUUCUAGACUAGUUGAUAGAUCUGACUUUACUGAUGCGUUGAGUCUGAUGGAGGAAUUGGCUGGAUUAGCCAAAGAGCGCCCUGAAACUAUGGACUGUAUUCGACAAGGUCUAUUCAAGUUCUGGGCAUUAUUUGAAGACCGAAUAUCUGCCAAGAAGUACAGCGAGGCAGUUGGGAUAUUGCAGUAUUUGGGGUCAUUGGCACAUGCACUCUCAGAGGCUGAAGAUGGGGUCCAGCUUGGCUUCGAAGUGCUCGAAGAGAAGUUCGAAAAGAUGAUCGAGGAUCGAGACUACGACUCCGCAGUCUUACUCAUGCAGGACCUGAGCAAACUAGCCUAUGAACUACCCGAAGCAAGUUCGUGCAUUCAAAACGGGUUUGAGCUGUUACGGGAGAGGUUGGUCAAGAUAAUCGAGCAACAGGACUUCAACACAGCUAGAAGUCUGAUCGGAAAACUGGAACGGAAACUUCCAUCACCACCGUUGCCCAACCCCACUUACUGCAUGCCUGGCUCGAACAGUAGGCUGGGGGCUCCAGAACCUAUGAAUCAUGGCAACAACCUUAGCCCCUUCGCCCCGGUGAACACGCCUAGAUCCCCACCUGAAAGUGUUGCGAGUGGUGCUCGGCGAUUCAAUGGCCAUCAAGAACGCAUACGCCCACCUUCUGCAGAUCCAUCGACGGACGGAUCUGGGAAGGUCAGACUCCUUCAUCGUCGAGCUGCCAAUGCGGGCGCUGUUGCAGUUGACGAGAGGGAUCAAUCCCGAUCUCUAUCCGAAGAUCGUUCUAUGGACGGCAAGGAAAAGAUUGAACUGUUCCAUUCUAGUCUUCAUAAUGGGCCCCGCACCAAUGCCUAUGACCAGGACUCAAAAUCCAGCUCGGGGCCAUCAACAAGUUCAAGCUCCAGACAAAGUUCCAAGGCAGGCUCGAAGUCGUCAACAUCAAGAUCAAGUUCGAGACCUAGCUCAUCUGGGCCUGAGUCCCGACCUGCAAGGCCAGAAUCAAGGGCCAGAUCAAGGCCAGAGUCGCGGCCUAGGUCAAGACCUGCGUCAAGACUUGCGUCAAGGCAAGAGUCGAAACCUAACUCGAGGCCUGGGUCAGUAGAGCUGCCGAUACUGGUAGAUGACGACACUGCAUCACAAAUCAAACGCGACAGCCCAAGGCCCACGGAUGCCGUGGUGACAGUGGAGACUAACACAUCAGCGGAAUCCAGACGAUCUGAUGAGUUCGCCAAGAAGCCCGAUCCCUCAGCUAUCGUUCUUGACGAUGGCAUCGAAACAGUCCAAUCAAGGCACAUUGCAGAUGAUGUCAAAGUCUAUCGAACAUCUGCAUCAUCACCCAGGCCCAAUCCUCCUGCAUAUUCAUUGGAGAAUAAAACCAUGGAAUCCAGACACAUUACUGAAAUAGGCAAAGAUCACAGAGAGUCUCCGACGACUGCCGACGUAUCCGUAGAUGGAAACGAAACAAUCACAUCAAAAGGCGUUAGCAGCCAUCAUGCCAAAGGCUAUUGGGCCAGCCAGAUGCCGAAGUCAAGAGGGUCGACGCCCGACCGAAGCGACACAGUGGAAUCAAAACGCAUUCAUAUCACCAAGGGUUCUAGAAAGAGCCAGAUGUCGAAGUCACCCGGUGUGUCGCUUGACGGCACUGAAACAGUGGCAAAACAAAUCAUUGCUCGCAUGACUAGCCAUAGGGAAUCUCCAAUUCCAGAGUCGUUAGGAACAUCUCUCCUGUCUGCUGAGACAUCUAUCGACGAUGGCAUUGAAACGGUGGAAUCUAGACCUACGACAACAAUACGCCCGAGAGCCUACGAAUUGAGCCCAUUGUCCGCAGAUGAUGGUAGCAACCACUUAAGACAUGUCUACGGAAAGACCACUAUGUCCACUGAAAGGUCUGUGGAAGAAGCAAUGAGAAUAAAGAUUAAGAAAGUCAAGACGAGAUCUCGGUCGGCUGAACGAACAGCGGAGGAAAGUGAUUGCUCCCUUUAUGGCCCACGGCAGCAGGUCAUUGCGAGCAUGGACGAAAGCGAGGUACAAGUACUUGACGUGGGUGGUCGGGAGAAAGAUGACUUGUCGGCAGAUUUGACUGAGCUCGAAAACGAGAAAGUCGAAAUUCUGCAUUCAAGACUCCUGAGCACGAUCGAGGACGAGGAGUUUGGGGCAUUUCUUGAUGUGCUGAUAACGCUGUCAACUAUGGAGAUGUCUUCACCUGCAGCUACUGAUACUUUGGAGGCCGGCUAUAGGAUGCUCAGAGACAAAGUGCAGUCGUCCAUCGCAGAUAUGAAAUGCUCGAUAGUGCUGGACAUGAUGAGAACAUUCAACCUACAACUUCACAAGCUUACACUGAUCAAAGAAUGCACUUUUUUCGGCCUGAAGGAGUUGGAGGAGGCUGUCGAAAAGAGAGUCGAGAAGCGACAGUAUUCCAAUGUAAUUGAUCUACUGCAGCUGUUUGGCAAACUGUCAAUCGAGAUCGAUGAAGCUGCAACUUACACCCAGGGUGCGCUUACUAGCACGGUUCAACACAUGGUAAUGCUCCGUGAAGAAACAGCUACCUCUUUUGAGGACUUAGCGGAAGUUCAGGACAUGACUCUCCUCGCAAAGCUGCUCGAAACAACGUGUGAAAGUCUCGAGAUGGUCAUGGCCACAGAGCAGCUCCGAAGCUUCUGCAGUCAGUGGGAAAAGACGCAAGGUUCCGAGGCAGAAACGGCAGGAAUAGUAUGCACAGUGAGACUGGCAACAAGCGAGACCUAUUGCGCGGAGCAAGUACGCAAGCUGUCCGACAAAAUCGUUUCCGAGUUCCCUACGCUAAUGGUUGAUGCGGACUCCAUCGAGGAACUGACCAGAGAGAAGCAAGAAGAAAUGAUGUUCAUUCUCGAGCGCCUCUUGUUGUUGCGGAGAGUACUUCGCGGUUGUCCUGGUGCAGGGGUUCUCAAUGCAGCCUUUGUGGAGAAUUUCGAAAAGCUUCACUCAUUCAUUGAUGGUGUUGUGUCCUUGGCGCAGACUGAGUUUAUGCCACAAAUGAAUCUCAAGGACUUUGAAAACCACGUCGUUCUCGUCAAGUCUAUGAUCAAAAGACUUUCCAAAUUGAAGACUACGCUCCACAGCGACGAACGCAAAAAAGUCGAGGACCUCGAACAUCGAUGCACAAGGCUCUUACUUCGUUUUGAAAUUGAGAUCGCUGAUGCCGUCGAAGUCUUGGGUAACUACAAUUUCCCGCUGUUCCAGAAGGAUGACAGAAAGAAGAUGUCUUCGUACAUUCGAACCAUGCGAGUAUCUCAGGUGCACAAGCAUCGAGAAGUGCUCUUGUCUUGCGUCAAUUCAAGAGAACUGACGGAACUGGUAUCGAAGAAUGUCGACAUCUACCGUGCUGAGAGAACCUUGACAUCCUUUGACAAAACACUGGAAAAGUUCUUGGACAAUCUGAUUCUGCAACUGGAGGAAGAAAAGGCCUCCCUCGACGCAAAGCCCAAGACCAAAUCCGGCCUUCCUACAUCGAGGGAGCAAAUCGAAGCUCUCUGCAAGGAUGUCCCAAAGGUAGUGGAAGAGGUCACUACCAUCAGCCAAUGGCCGACCGAAUACUACAGUAUGGACUCUCCGCAAUUCUUGAAUCGACUGAAAGUCCUGGAAGACACGGUGAACGAUCUCACCAGAAAAGCUGAAGAAAUGAACAACAUUGGCUUUUCUGCAUUCAUCAACACCUUCACGAACUCUGUCUCUGACUACUACAACUGUAUGAACAAUAUUUCGGGACCCUCUGUGUGA